AAGAAAUCCAGGAAGUGGUCCAAGUAUUUUCUCCGCCGCCAGGGCUCCUCAGGUGGAAGAACCACUCCGCGGUGAACCUGUGCGCGGACUUAUUUUGGACCGGUGUCGGUCUUCAUUCAUCCAUCGCAGGGCCAGGACCUGGAUUUGGCAGCAGGGCGUUCUGCUGCUUGUACUUUGGUAUUUGGCAGGCAGCGUCCAAAGGUUAACCAGCGUGGAACCGAGAUUUGAAACACCGUACGCAAGAUGGCUUCUGUUUGGCAAAGUGUCCUGUCCGCGCACCAGAGGAUAGUGGACAAUGGAGACAAGAGGACGGACCCGUGGCUGCUGAUCUACUCCCCCGUCCCGGUGUCAAUCAUCAUCCUGCUCUACCUGUGUGUGGUCUGGGCCGGACCUCGUCUGAUGAAAGACAGACAACCCGUGGACCUUAAAGUCAUUCUCAUUAUUUACAACUUUGCCAUGGUCGGCUUGUCUGCCUACAUGUUCUAUGAGUUCCUGGUCACAUCCUGGCUCUCAAACUACAGCUACCUCUGCCAGCCUGUAGAUUACAGCAGCAGCCCGCUCGCAAUAAGGAUGGCCAAAGUCUGCUGGUGGUUUUUCUUCUCCAAGGUCAUCGAGCUCAGUGACACGAUCUUCUUCAUCCUGAGGAAGAAGAGCAAUCAGUUGACUUUCCUUCAUGUUUACCACCACGCCACCAUGAUCCUCAACUGGUGGGCGGGGGUCAAGUAUGUGGCGGGCGGACAGUCGUUCUUCAUCGGCCUGCUCAACACCUUCGUUCACACUGUGAUGUAUUCUUACUAUGGCCUGGCUGCCAUCGGCCCUCACAUGCAGAAGUACCUGUGGUGGAAGAGAUACCUCACUUCUCUGCAGCUGGUGCAGUUUGUGCUGUUCAUCCUGUACACGGGCCAGAAGCUGCUCGUAGAGUGCGACUUCCCCACCUCCAUGAACAUACUGGUGUUUUGUUACUGCAUCACCCUCAUCAUCCUCUUCAGUAACUUCUACUAUCAGAGCUACCUCAACAAGAAGAAGCAGAAGUAAGAUGCCUAAGUUUCUUGUGUCUGCAGUACUGACAAGCGUCCACUAGAGGGAACAACAUGACUGCAGUCUGGAGGCUUUUCUCAUGGUGCUCAUCAUCAACUGCUAGGCAAACAUUAAAAAAAAAAGACAGAUAUAUAUAUAUAGAACUAAUGUGAACAAUUUUAGUACUUUAUGCAUUUUUUGUAUUUUAUAUAAAAUGUCACAUACAUGCCAAAGUAGAGAUAUUGUGUUAUCAUUCAGUUAUUUAUUUCUUAAAUUGAGAAAUGACAAACAUUCAAAUGAUUGCUGUAAACAAACUGUACAUUUUAUACAUAUAAUAAUAAUAAUAAUAAUAAUAAUUAUAAUAAUAAUAAUGAUAAAGUAGGUUGGUUUCUCUGCAUUACUGCAGAAUUAACGAGUUCAAACCCUCCUCCAGAGAUAAAUCCAUAAAGAAAAAGGGGAAAAAAAACACUUAACAACAAAAUAUGGAAAUGCAAACACAUUUUUUUUUUCCACUUUUAAAACAAACACUGCAAAAUGAUAUAUUCUUUUCUACACUUCAGUCUAAAACUGAUAGAAAGGUGUAGAUAGGAGAGGAAAAAAAAUAAAGAGGAGGGCAUUUCAUUUCCAUUCAGGAGUUUUGUAUUGCUUGAAGUUUGUAUGUUAUGGCUGAAGAAAUGUUGCUCUGAUUGUACUGAAAGUGUCUUUGCACCAGUGUUAUGUUCAUGAGUACUUGGCCAAAAUAUGUGAUUCUGAAUCUAAGAAAUAAAGCGUAUAAAUCUUUCAACAACUGAAGGGCACAUGCACAAAAAUCUUUAUUCUUAAGCUUUCUUUUACGUUAAUAAUAAUAAAAGAUUUCUUGUAA